AUGACCGGGUCUGAGAAUGGACCGGUGAGCGGCGGAAUUUCUCCCAAGGAGAACAAGCGUUGGUUACCGGACUCAUUACGACCCCCUUUUAUUUUCUCCGUGGCUGCCUUCUUUUUACUGUUGGCUUUGUCAAUCGAAUUUCUCCGACAGUACUCCAAUCGUCACCACGGAGUCAUCCAUCUCAAGUCAUACGAGCAGCUAGGGAGUCACACUUCAGGGGUGUACACGUAUAUACCUACUGCCUUUGCUGUUCUAGCCGUGACACUAUGGAACAUCUUGACUCUUGAUGUUCUUCGGCUCGAGCCAUGGUUUCAGCUAGCCCAGCCUGGAGGGGCCCCUGGGACUGUUUUGUUUACCAAUUAUUGCUUCUACUAUGGAGUUCUGACUCCCGUAAUGGCGGCACGUAACCGCCAUUGGAUCGUUUUUUGUGUGUCAUCGAUUGGUCUGAUUCUGAGAGUUAUGUUGCCGUCCCUGAUGUCUGGACUCGUCAAUCUUGAUGAGCCGGCCAUAGUCUCCACGAGACAUGUCGAUAUAUGGCCUAGUUUGGUGGACCUGGAAACACAGAGCGCCUGGCUAGCCAACGCGGCGUCCUAUUCCAAAACCGGGACAAACACCCUGCUUGAUACCUUUUUCUUCUACCAAAUUUCUAAUUACUCACUGCCACCCAUCUCGAGGCCGGUGUACGAGGGCUCUUCAGCCUCAACGUGGGCACUUACGCAAGACAUAUACUGGGCUGAAUUGAGCUGCGUGGAGGCUCAGUCAACUGACAUCAGUCACAUUAUGUGGGUUGACCCUAUCUCAACCGACAAGACUCUGAAAUGGAAUGUUCGCAAAGAUAAAUUCCCAAAUUCUUCCGAUUCAAAUGCAGACUCGAACUGUCAGAUCGAAGUCACCUUGAACAGUACUUAUCCGACUGCUGGAAAUGGGUUGGCCCAAGUACGACACUGGGAGCCUCUAAAUCCCGAUGACAAUGCGGAAGCCACAUCCACAUUGAACAGUACUGGCUGCAAUUCGUUUUCGUUGAUUGGGCUCAUCAUUGAAUUUGACCCCACAUCCAGAAUCUUGGCCUCCAACGCUACAAUCUUCGGGUGCACCACCUCAUAUUUACGUGCGAAGGCGGCUAUAACGCUACCUACAAAUAGCUCCAUUGCCAACAUUAAGAACAUCUCGAGCACCAAGGCCACUUUAAACCCUACGGAAUUGGAUAUUUCGAACUUCCAAAAUCUGCUUUUCAUAAAAUAUCUCCAGAAUGAUCUUGCGCUAUGGAAUAACGGCCGCCCGAUCAGCUUACCUGGGACUACAGGUGUGAAUGAUACGUUAAUUGAAAGCGAUGCCAAUCCCAUCAGUAUUACUCAGUACGAGCGAGACGUCAGUCAGCUUUGGAACAAACACUUUGUCGUCGCUUUCAACCACUUCUUCGACACAGCUAUUGGUCCUACGCGAGUCAAUGCGAUUCUCCAUACCGCCACAAUAAUAUACAGUGUUAUCGGUAAAUCUGCUAUUCUCGCAGAAGCCAUUCUCUUUGUGGCUUUUUUAUUGCUUGUGGUGAUGUCCGUCCUAUAUCCACUGCGACCCAACUUCCUCCAGUCGGACCCCGGCUCUAUUGCAGCGCAAUGUGCCCUCAUUACGGACAAACUUUCUUCUCUCAGCCUGCUGACUCCUUCUAAUUUGGACUACACACGGGCAACGCCUCGGCAGCUUCGUCGAUUUGCUCGCACGCUGUGGUGUAAAAGGAUCGGUGGCACUGAUGGGAAACGCAUAGAUAUAACCCCUCGCCAUGGAUAUAUCUCAAUAGCGGCGUCUGGUAUAUCUCAAGUACGGCGCAGGACACGGCCCCUUUCCCGGCCGCACUUCCUCACGCUACCAUGGUUUCUGUUGGAAUGUCUGCUGAUGGCAGGUGUCUUGGGUACAUUCGGAGUAUCAUUCCAGUUUCUUCGCGUGGACAAGUUUGAUAGCUCCGACUCAGCUGGGACGACGGUCUUGGCAUAUUUCUUAAUCUACGGCCCGACUGUCAUCGCGUCCAUGAUUAGCUCCCUCUUUGCCUCUGUACACAGACAUGUGGGUUAUAUGGAGCCCUGGGUCCAGCUGCAAAAAGGAAUGGCCCUGGCAACACAGUCUCUGACAGUCAAUUACUGUGCCUACACACCUGUAACAGUCUGGAAACAGCUCCGUGAGAACAAGCCUCCUCUUUUGGUUAUCCUCUCAUUUGUUUGUAUCCUGGAUUUUGUCUUGACGAUUGUGAGCAGUGGGAUGUUUGAGCCGUCGGUGGACUAUUGGACAGAGCAUACCGAUGCCCUUACCGCGCAGUAUAACGGCUCUCGCUUCUUCAAUCCAGAUAUUCGACCAGAGUUUACAGGCUUCAGUCUCAUAUCAGACAGUUUGGCCACUGGUCAUUCUCUGCUCUCAUGGAAUACGCCCAGCUUUUCAUUUUUUUCACUUGACAUCAAUGAUCCCGAUGCUGAGUGGACCGAUUGGACGAUGUAUACGACCCGCGCUCGGGGGAUUGGAAUUGAACUUCAGUGUGGAGAGCUUUCUCCCAGCCAGUCGCGGUACAGUAAUAUCUCGGGCUUUUCAUACUGGGACUACACUAGUGCCUCGGACACCAAAUGUACCGCCGAGCUGCUUAACUCCACUCAAAAAAGCCAGUCGAUCAACGCUGCCCUUUAUUUCACUUCAUCCAUGAACUCAAGCCUUGCUUGCCGAAAGACCUUUCUCGUGAGCCUCUCCGGGAGCUUCAACGCCACCAAUAACACACAGAAAGCUGCGGCUACAGAAACUCCGAGCGUCUUCCAUUGCAGUCCCAAUAUGAUUAUCCAAGAUUUUGAGGUUCGUGUUGAUCCCGAUGGAAUGAUCCACAGCUCCACGCCAAUACCCAACACCUCUGUUACAAGCGGGUCGAUGUUUCAAAAUGCUUCCGAUAGCCUUGUGCCAUUCAGCCAGGCCUUCAUACGACAAGACCAAGCCAACUCUUCGUGGGCGGGACUUUUAACAACUCAACUUUACAAUAACUUCAUCUCCAAUCCUACUAUGUCAUACUAUCAUUCUCAAUCACACUCUCACUCUGGAUCUCAUUUUAAAGCCCCACACGGACAUACUCCCCAAAACGAAACGCAAAGGAAAGCUCUCUGGCUCCACACCCUACAGGUCGUGUACAAAGCAACUUUCAGCACAUAUACAACCCUUCAGCGCGAUAUCUAUCUCUCUCCCCUCACCAACCCCAAAGACACUAACACAACCAUUGCUGGAACCGUUACGGCUGCAGUGUGGGAAAUCUCACCCUCAAAUACUACAAUCGUCAUCAUAAUUAUCCUUAUCUCCCUCGAUCUUUGCGUGCUAGUAGCCGUCUUCUGGCUACGCCACGAUCGGCACGCAGGCCUGCCAAUCCCUCGCUCGGUUGGCUCUCUAGUUCCCUGGAUAGCGAACAGCAGAAUGCUGAAUGAUAUCCGGGACACUGCUCAAAUGAGCCAAGGCGAGCGAAAAAUACAUCUCCAGAGGUUGGGGCAUCGAUACCGGUUUGGGAAGUGGGACGGAGCAGAUCGGCGUGUGGCGCUUGAUCACGAUGAAAAGCUUACGGCCGAAGACGAGUACGAGAUGAAUGAAUGGCGGUUGCCAACCUCUCAUCAGGUAGAGGACACCAGAUGUCAAAGGAGCUCGGCUAAUGAACCGUCGGAUCACGAAUAG